GCAAAUGCCAAGUGGGCAUGAACGGAGGGAUGAGCUAGUCCUUAAGCCCUUUGAGGAAGAGGAUCCCUUAGGUGGUAAGGAUGUUUAGUGGAUGAUGGAGCUAGCGCUGGCCAGCUCGCAUAGCCUGGUGGAGGAUAUCAGGACGAUUGAGGAAGGACCUGGCCAGGUAGAACGCCAUGAGGACCUGAUGGGAGGAAUGUAUCUCCUCGUCAAUACGUUAUUGCAGGAAAGUCUAGACCAGUCAGGCUCGUUGAACCUGGCAGGGAAUGUGGACGAAGUGCCCGAGAGCCAGUACGACGAGUUCAAGGAAGGGGAAAUUAAGGAGGCUUUUCGUGCAGAGGAGUACGACGAGAUCUAUCUAGAGUCGGGGUUUCUUCUGUCAUGUGAAAUACGGCUAAGGGAUGCAAGCGAUAGGGCUCAGAGGAUGCUGCAGCGCUACUUAGUGCGAGACGACCACCUUUUCGCGAGAAGAGAAGUGGGGAAUCCUAGGAGAUUCGUCUGCGGUAGGAAUCCUCAGAUCGACGUCGUAGCAGCGCUUCACGAUGGCAUUGCAGGAGGGCAUCGAGGGGUACAAGCCACGUAUGCCAAGAUAAGUGAGUUGUACUAUUGGGAUGGGAUGAUUGAUGUGGUCGGGAAGUUCUGCCGAUCUUGCGUACCUUGCCAGGAAAGAUCCCAUUUAAGGCAAGGAGAGCCGCUGCAUCCAAGGCUAGAGCGAGAGGUGGAGGCUGUAGUGCAUCUCGAUCUACUUUUUAUGCCGCUUGGGGACCGGGGCUAUAACUAUAUUUUCGAUUCGCGCGAUAACCUGUCUGACUUUACGAAGACAGCCAUGCCAAGAGGAGGGAGGGGGACACGGCCGCCUCGAAGGCCGUUGGGAGCAUCAGGAGGAUAUGAGCGACAUGGGCCUCGCCAUCGAGAGAGUACUCCGGUAUACGAUGAUGGGGACAUCGAGCUAUUCCUGGACAGCUUUUGGGAUCAUGCGAGGCGUAUGGGCUGGACUGUGGCCCAGGCAAUCGAGAGACUGAGGGGAGUCGGCAGAUUCGAGGAGCCCGUCGCGCGGAUCCGUAGAGAGGCGACGACGAGGCAAGAGGUGGAGAUGAGGAUGGAGGAGUUGCGACCCUCGCCCGUGGGACCAGAUGGCAGGCCGAUCCACCUGGAGAUUGGAAAUACGUCAGACUUCAUCCCCGCGUUUGAGCGGUUCAUGCAGGGGCAGGGCAUACCGAGAGAUGAUUGGAUGCAGACGCUACCACUCGGGACCAAGAAGGCGGAAAGACCGCUGGCUAGCCAAAUCAGAGACAUGGCCCGGGACUGGGAGAGCUGCAAGGCACAUCCGAGAGAGGCCUUUCGACGGCAAGAGCCCCCCCAGCCCAGAGUCGAGAGGCGUCAGAGGAGUCAGAGGCUGAGGGACCCUGAGCCCAGGGAGGCGAGACCGUCUCGAGGAGGACGGAAGGCCCUAGCCAGGAGAGAGGAGGAGUCGGAGCAGGAGCCAGAGGUUGAGGAGCGAGGGGCAUACCCUGAGUGUGGGUGGGGACCAGUGGAGUUCCAUCGUUUUACUGAGGGUGGAUUGAGGAGGUCGCUAGCACACACACAGGAGGAGCCGCCAGUGUCCGAGGGGCCUUUGAGGGAGUUGGAGACGUAACUGGAUAUCUCUCAGUGGAGAGCGUCGCCUCAGGGUGAGGAGCAUGGAGAGCAGGCAGAGGAGGUGCCACAAGA